AUGCCUCUCUUCCACCGCAACUCCGUCUCCAGCUCCUCCGACCGCAGCAUCGACGACCCUAACACCUCCCACUACUCGCACCGCUCGCGUCGCUCCCACCACUCCACCUCCCCACGCUCCAGCCUCUCCUCUUCCUCCUCCUCGCGCCGCCAAAGCCACAGCAGCUACGGCCAUAGUCACAGCGGCAGCACCCACGGCCACUCACGCUUCAGCUUCGGGCGCCACAACAACGAGGACCCCUCCGUCCUCGCCGCGAAGGAGCAGGUCUCCCGCGCCGAGGCCGCCGAGCGCGAGGCCGAUCGCGCCCUCCUGGCCUCGCGCCGCGCCGUCCAGGAGGCCCGCGAACAUGUCAGGCUUCUUGACGAGGAGGCCCGGAUUGAGGCUCGCGCCGCCAAGAUGAAGCAGGACCAAGUCAAGUCGAUCACGAAACGCGCCAAGCCGCUGGGACCUUGA